AUGGAGAAGGUCCAGGGAAGAGGGGUUUUGGGUCUUGUAUUUCUGGUCACAUUAGUCCUAUCUGUUAGCAGUGGAGAAGCUCAGUCGAAGUAUUUUCUGGUAAACUGUGGUGCAAAUAGCAGUGUUAAUGUGGAUGGUAGGAGAUGGAUUGGUGAUAUGGCCCCAAAUGAUAAUUUCACUGUCAGUUCUUCUGGUGUUGCUGUCACUGAUUCUACGGCAAAUGGGGAUUCACUCUACAAAACGGCUCGGAUUUUCGACAAUGGUUUGAAUUACACUUUUGCUGGAAUGCAGGGAAGCUACUUUGUUAGACUCCAUUUUUGUCCAUUCCCUUUUGAGAAUUAUAAUGUGAAUGUGUCCUCGUUUAGUGUUGAGGCUAAUGGUCUGAAACUGGUGACUGAUUUCAAUGUUCCAGGCGAGAUUUCAGUUAAGAAUUUGCACUUGCAGAAUUCCAACAGCAAUUCAAGUUCUUUGUCCUUGGUGAAAGAAUAUAUUCUAGCAAUCAAUGAUGUGCUUUUGGUUGAGUUCAUUCCAUCUAAGGGAUCGUUCGGGUUCAUAAAUGCCAUCGAGAUUGUCCCUGUGAAUGGUACACUUUUUGCAGACUCGGUUAGUAAAGUGGGUGGAAGUAAUGCCAAUGUGAGUGGAUGGGGGAUUGAAACUAUGUAUAGGUUGAAUGUAGGGGGACAAGAGAUCAGAUCUAAUGGGGAUUCAGAUCUUUGGAGGAAAUGGGAAGUGGAUUCCAGCUACAUGAUUACAGCAGAUGCUGGUGCUGAAAUCAAGAAUACUUCUAAUGUCACUUAUGCUUCGAACAACGAUUCUUGGGUGGCUCCUCUUCUUGUAUAUGAAACAGCAAGAAUCAUGUCCAAUGCAGAAGUCUUGGAGAAAAAGUUUAACAUGUCAUGGAAAUUUGAAGUGGAUCCUGAUUUUGAUUAUUUAAUCCGGUUUCAUUUUUGUGAGCUGGAGUAUGACAAGGCGAACCAGAGGAUUUUCAGGGUCUAUAUAAACAACAAAACUGCUGCUGAUAGCUUUGAUGUUUAUGCGCUAGCAGGAGGGAAGAACAUAGCGUAUCAUCACGAUUAUUUUGAUGCAGUUUCUGCCAAGGUCAACACCCUUUGGAUCCAACUGGGUCCUGCCGCCACAGGUAGUGCUUCGGGAACAGAUGCUCUCUUGAAUGGGCUGGAGAUUUUCAAGCUGAGCCGAAGUGGGAAUCUUGCAUAUGCUGACAGAAUUGGUUCAACCGGGAAACCUGCAAGUCAUUCAAAAUCUUGGAUUCUCUGGGUGGGGAGUGGAGCAGGUGCAGCUACUGUUCUCAUUAUUGCAAUUGCAUGUACUUGCAUCUUUUGCUUCUGCAAAAAUCGGAGAAAUGAAAUGAACGAUACCAAAGACAACCCUCCUGGGUGGCGGCCUCUAUUCAUGCAUGGUGCUGUUGUAAGUAGCAUCGUCAAUGCCAAGGGAGGAGACCAAACUCUGAAUGGAUCUGUGGCAGCAUCCACUAGAGUUGGCAGGCGGUUCACAUUGUCAGAGAUUCGUGCUGCAACGGACAAUUUUGAUGACAGUUUGGUGAUUGGAGUUGGAGGCUUCGGUAAAGUAUACAGAGGGGAGAUCGAAGAUGGCACCCUUGCAGCAAUCAAGCGGUCAAACCCACAAUCUGAGCAAGGCCUGGCUGAAUUUGAAACAGAGAUUGAGAUGCUUUCAAAGUUAAGGCACAGGCAUCUGGUCUCGCUGAUUGGGUUCUGUGACGAACAGAAUGAGAUGAUCUUGGUUUAUGAGUAUAUGGCAAAUGGAACUCUUAGAAGUCAUCUUUUUGGGAGUGAUUUCCCUCCAUUGACAUGGAAGCAGCGAUUAGAAGCAUGCAUUGGUGCUGCCAGGGGACUCCAUUACCUUCAUACAGGAGCAGAUCGAGGAAUAAUUCACAGGGAUGUUAAGACUACCAACAUACUGCUUUGUGAGAAUUUUGUAGCAAAAGUGGCAGAUUUUGGGUUGUCUAAAGAUGGCCCAGCUUUGGACCAUACGCAUGUUAGUACAGCAGUGAAAGGGAGCUUUGGAUAUCUUGAUCCUGAAUACUUCCGUCGACAGCAUUUGACUGAGAAAUCCGAUGUUUACUCUUUUGGCGUGGUGUUGUUUGAAGUGAUUUGUUCUCGACCUGUUAUAAAUCCAAGCUUGCCGAAAGACCAGAUCAAUCUCGCAGAGUGGGCAAUGAAGUGGCAGCGGCAGAGGUCACUUGAGACCAUCAUUGACCCACGUCUCAGAGGAAGUGCUUGCCCGGAAUCGUUGAAGAAGUUUGGAGAUAUAGCAGAAAAAUGCCUUGCUGAUGAGGGGAAGAAUCGUCCAACAAUGGGGGAAGUUUUGUGGCAUUUGGAAUAUGUCUUGCAAUUCCAUGAAGCUUGGAUCCGCACCCAGGCUACCGAAACUUCUAUUACUAGUAGUCAGGCUUUGGAAGAUUUGGAACUGAGAGUAGCAGAAGACGCACAACAACGACCUCUCUCCAUGGACGAAGAGACUGGUAGACCUCAAUAUGAAGGGUGA